AUGAAUCUGCGCACACACCGAGGGAGCUGCCCAAUAUACGCAGUAACAAGGCCUUGUCAAACAGAUAUCUUCUCAAUGGCCAUGCUUGAUCCACACCUGUCUGUAAACACGUUUAACUACACCAAAACGCUUGGCGACUAUACCAGUUACAAACAGCGCGCUUAUGCCCACAGAGAAAGGAGUGAGGCUAAUAAAGAGGCCCUCCGAGGACUUGCCUGUCAAGAGUGGAGGUUGAACAACGGAUGCACAACGUUCCAUGAGGCACUGAGACCUUCGGAUCUAUUGCCUUUCAAUGAUCAUAGCAGCAAGGCCGGGACAGCAGAAGACGCUAUCCCUUGCUGCUACCAGCCAGGAGAUCUCUUUGGAAAGAAGUACGUCUGCGGGCGAUGCACCGGCUUUUACUGGGACGACUGGCGAACAAAACAGAUAAAGGCGCACUGUGGUCCCGACUUCAAUCGGAGACAGCCGUCUCCUGCUAUGGACUUUCAGAGAUGCUGA